AGUUUACGUUCAGCCUCCUAAAUCAGCAGCAGGGGUCUGUUGGGUCAUUGAUUUACGCACGGCUGCAACUGUUAUUCUCGCUUGUCAUCUCACAGUGCGCUGCAUGUAAUUAUCAUUCUUGGUUAAAAUUAGCGGGGAUAUAAAAUAUACCAGGCUACAUUUGCUGUAUUUCGCUCAUCUCUACCAUCUGAGCCCCUCCCUCUCCUUUCCGGGUUGAUUUCUCGGAGCUCAGCGCUCUCCUCUCAUCCCCCCCUCAGGGCACUACACUGGCAGCCAAUAAGUAUACUGUACCCGCUUAGCUUGAUGACACCAGAUAACAUGCAGCAAAUGGAGACUCGAAUCUGGACCAGAAUUAAGUUGUCGCAGGACUCCGUAGCUAUCAUACGUGCGUAAAAUGUUGGAGAGAUAACCCUCCACUUUUCAAACUCCUCCGGGUGAGUUUUUUUCCCUCUCUCUUUAACCUGUACAAUCAUGAUAUUAGUUUUUUCUUGUUGUGGUUUGUCCUUGAAAUCAGAAACUUUAUUGUGGAAACAAUGUGUUGAAUAUGGACCAAACUUUCAGGUCGGGACUUUUUGAAAAAGGAUUGCAAGGUGCAAGACAGACCGUUACGCGCCUACCGACCAAGGUGAGCUUGAACCGUAGUAAUUAAACCGUAUUUUUUCAAGAUUCAUGAAGUUUCUUAAAGGCUAAAAAGAUAUUUUUUCAAUACUUUAUCACUCGCCCUUUGGUUCUUUACAAUUGAAGGAAGAGAAAGCCACUCCUCAGUACCCUGAGGAUCCUACUUUCAAAGAUUUCCGUUCACUGUUUGAUUCAAUCGAAGCGUUUAAUAACAUGUAACUUGUCCUUUCUGUUUCACUUCUCCUUUCACAGUCCAGGGUUAAACAAAAACGAAAGGACCCAAAUGCAGACAAAAAAAGGAUUUAUUAAAAAGAACUAAAUGAAAAGCAACAAAAACUUACUUUAAAAUGUCCAAUCAAAAGUCCAAUGGCAAAAAGAAAAGGCACUGGGGGAAAAAACCACAAAGAGAUCAGACACUCACUGACCGACAACACACACACAUUGAUAUACAAUAAACCAACAAGGACAGAGGGGAAGACAGGGACUAUAUACACACUGGGAAGCGAGCAACAGGUGAGGCAACACAGACACAGGUGAAACUCGUGAAUGAUUAACAAAGGAGGAAAAACAGGAAAUAAAUACUGAAAACUGAUCUAAAGAAUGAAACACAGAGAAGAGGAGGGAAACAGGGUCAAAGACAAACUAAACACCCACAAGACUGAACUACAGGGGAACAGGAACACCAGGGAAAACACAGAAAAUGCUGUCAAAUGAAACCAGGAGAAAACUCAGUAAACAGAACAUAUCAUGACAUCUCCCCCUCAUUGUGUUUCCUCUCUCAUUGCAGAAUGAUGCCAAGAUGUUCAUUACUCAAACUCAAGAGAAAGUUCAUCCCUUCACUUUUGUCACUGCUGACUCUGUGCUUCCUGCUCUUCAUCAAUGUGAGACGCAGCAUUCAUGAAUCCUCACCUCCAACUGUAGACAUCCAGCCUUUUCACAAGUACAACAUCAACUGUUUGGCCAUCUAUGACUUGGACCCAGUGGAGGUGGAUAAAGCACUGAUCAUCAGGGAGAACCAACUUGUUGAAGACACAGAUGAAAGUCUGUCUGUAGCCACAUCAAACUGUCCACUCUUCAUCAAGACAAGAGGUUAUGAUGACGUGUGUGUCUCUGAGGAGGAGAAAGACUUUCCUAUUGCUUAUUCUUUGGUUGUUCAUAAAUACGCAUGGAUGGUAGAAAGGCUAAUCAAGGCAAUCUACUCUCCUGCAAACAUCUACUGUAUCCACUAUGAUGAAAAGUCUUCAGCUGAGUUCAUAUCAGCUAUUAAAGGCUUAGCUAGCUGUUUGCCAAAUGUCUUUAUAACCUCUAAGCUAGAAACUGUUUAUUAUGCAAGCAUCUCACGAUUAAAAGCUGAUCUCAACUGUCUAUCAGAUCUUCUGAGGUCGGAGAUCAAGUGGAAGUAUGUCAUCAACCUCUGUGGCCAGGAUUUCCCCCUCAGAACGAACAUAGAGCUGGUGUCAAAGCUGAAGAAGUUGAACGGAGCAAACAUGCUUGAGACAUGUCGACCUACUGAUAGCAAGAAAGAGCGGUUCGCCUUCCACCAUGAGCUGAGAGACAACACUGGAAAUGUGACACAGCAAGAGGCCACGGAGGAGUUAAAGUCGCCACCCCCACAUGGCAUCGAGAUCUUCACUGGCAGCGCCUACUUUGUCUUGUCACGAGACUUCAUUGUUUACAUGAACUCCUCACCUGUGGUGAAGGAUUUUCUGGACUGGUCAGAGGACACCUACUCUCCAGAUGAACACUUCUGGGCUACACUUGUGCGAAUGCCAGGUGUACCUGGGGAGGUGCCCAGAUCCCAUCCUGAUAUCACUGACCUGAUGAGUAAGACCAGGCUGGUAAAGUGGGAGUACCUUGAAGGGGAGAUGUAUCCACUAUGCACUGGGACACAUAAGCGCAGUGUUUGUAUUUUUGGUGCAGCAGAACUGCACUGGUUACUCAACUGUGGUCACUGGUUUGCCAACAAGUUUGACCCCAAAGUGGACCCUGUUGCGGUUCAGUGUCUUGAGGAAAAGCUGAUGGAGAGGAAAAAGUUUUUUCAAUCUACAGUAACUUCACUGUGUCGUUGGGGUUAACCCAAAGUAUAGGUCUUUAAGGGAUGGGAAUUGAAAACUGGUUCUAGAUCGGAAACAGUUCCCUUAUCCAUGCUGUCCACUUAGCUUUGUAAAAUAAUAAUGUGGUGCAUGACCUUAUAAGAGAAUUGACCAAGAAUUUGAUUGAUGUGCAGAGUUGAUUUUGGCAUCGAUAUCAGUAAAAUCUUAUCAGUUCCCAUCCCUAUCAAUGAAACACCCACAGAAAUGUUGGGAUACGGACUAGAAGUUUGAGAAUUACUGGCACUAUAGUUUGUUUUAGCUCUUUGGUCCCUGGGUAUCACCAGGCUUUUACUCUCAGUAUCCUCAGACAGGCUGUGAGGAUGUCACAUUUAUACUUAACAAUUGUGGCCAAACAAAUUCACGAAAACAAUAUUGCAGCAUUAUUUAUUGACUUAAGCAAUCUGUGAAAUUAUGACAAGGCAAGACAAAGGUGAAGUAAUGUAUUAUUGUUUUCUUUCUAACAGCUUCUGGUGUUGCAGGUCUGAGGGACAAACACUGUUUCUUGGUCAUUAUGGAUGAAUACUUGUUAUUGUUGAUGGUUUAUGCCCAUUGUUUUCUUUAGUGUGGUUUGUACAAUUAAUCAAAGGUGUCCUACUCUGACAAAUGGGUUUGGGACAGAUACACCUCACAGGGCAGCCCGACACAAAGCCAACAAUGAUAAAAACAUGUUGAAACUGCAUCUUUCUACCUGUGAAUUACUUUAGAGAAUGCUUUCCCACUGCAAAGUUAUUAAGAUCUUUCCUGCAGCAACAUACUGUUGUCUGUAUUUUCACAUUUACUUCACAACCUCAAAAGGGAAAAAUAUUUCAUGGUAGAAUUGGUGCUUACUCUGAAAAUUGCCAUUUUCAAACAUUUUUGCGAGUGGAAGUCCUUUUUCAGAGCGUACGUGGAUUUAUCGCCAUGUAAUGACGAGAAGAGAAGAGAGACACAGCAGAUUUUGUGCUAUUGUGGGAAACUAAAAAUUAAAAAUUCAACUUUGACCCUAAAAUUUACUCCAAAACAGCAGCACAGUUAGGAAGUCGGAGCCAUAAGUAACUCUUCUUAAAUUGUUGACCAGUUAAGUCAUGAAAAUUGCAUUUCUCUCACCUGCUGUUGCCCCACAGGCCUGCAACUGUCCUCUGAUUACAGAGCAUGAUUAUUGUGGUCAGUGCAGACAGUGAGUUUGACAGAAAACAGGCGAUGAAAAAUAAAGAGGAUACAAACAGUGGAGAGAGAAAGAAAAGAAAGAAAGAAAGAACGAAAGAAAGAAAGAAAGAAAGAAAGAAAGAAAAGCAGCAGAUAAUGAGAUAAAAACGGCAGACAGGAGCCUCCACCAUAUUACCUUGGGGCUAAAAUUAUGUCAGCCUAACAUUGUCAGCAAUGGUAGAAUAGGCUACCUACAUAUAUAUUUCAAACUUUAAAGUAAAACCUGUCCAGAAAUAUUCAAAUAAUGUUACAUACAGAACAUUUACAUGCACAGUUGUGUCAAUAUAUCUCUUUUUAGCUUGUUAUUAUCAGGUUUUCGUCUUGUUGACGUAUUAAAACAACCAGCAGAGUGACGGGAUGUAUAUUGACGAUGAAAACACCGCCACUUUAACAGCUCUGUUUCGUUUGUUGGGAAUGUUUCAUCUUUAUUAACAUCCUUUCUCUGUCUGUCAAGGCUUUGUUUACCACUUUUUAUGAAAAUGUGUUGCUGGUAUCAGAUUAUAUUUCUCAUUAAACACCAACACUUCUCAGGUUCUUCAUUUGUUAGUUAUUAUCACCUCUUUCAAUCGAAAAUAGAGUUUAAAUGAACUUCAAACCAUUAGAAACUGUUUUUCCCUAAUACACAGCAGCAUCCAAAUGUUUCAAGAACAAAGGUUAAAUUUUACAGCUGAGUCAACAAAUUAAGUUACUUUAGAUCAAACUAAACAGGAACUGAGAUUAGUAAUCUUGAAUCACAGAGUGGGAAGAAUACAAAGUUCUCUUAAAACCCUCAACAGUAAAGAGAGAGAGAGGAAGUAUUUUGUUCCUUUCUUUGUUUUAUGAAAGGGAAUCUUACAGUUUCCCUCUUUGACUUAUGAAACAGAGCAGCUUUUCUUUUGAUGUCUAGCCUCUGCAGAGCUUUCACCGUAAAUAAUGAUAACAUCUGACAGGACAAUAGCUGAUGGUUAGCUAGAGUUUAAAAAAACCACUGCACGACAUCUACGUGUUGACUCUCUGGGUGGUUUUUCAGCACUGUGGUUUCAGAAAAAACAACAAAAACAAAAAACAUUUUUAGAAAUUGAGAGGCGCACAAACCUUCAGUGGGUUUAAGGGAUUCAGAUGUUGUCUGUGCAGGAAAAGUAACACUGCGCCCUUGAAAGUGCAUCUACUAGCAAGUACAUGGGGUGUUUGUCAUUAACUAUGGCAAUAUGCCAUUCUCUCUUAUGCCACAAGAAGUCAUAGAAAAACUUACAGUAUUAGAAGGCUAUAACUUUUUAUCCACUGGUUGUUCUCUUUAAACCUUUACGUCAGAAUAUUAUAAUUGAUAAAAUAGUCAUAAUAUUGCACACGGAUGAUGUACAGCUCUAUUUUUUAUAAACUGUGCUUUAAAUGUCA